AUGGCCAGAGUCUCCCUGAGUCUUCCUGUUGGUACCCACGGGGGAGGGGAUCACAUAGUGCUCGAGGAGAAGGUUCGCUUGGAGUUUUUUGAGCGACAUGUCAAGAGCCUCGAGGAAGAAGUGGCAUCUGAGAGGAAACAGAAAGAUGAGUGGGUGGGAGGAGCAGCAGGGUCUGUGGUCAAAGCUGAAGUGCCAUGGUGCAUGGAGGUCGAGGGUGCUGCAAAAAACCUCAGUCAAGAUGUUCUUUUUCUGGAGCUGAGAAUCUUUAAUUUGAAAUGUAUUAAUCCACCAGUAAUGCAGAGUAUGUAUCUCAAGUCUCCCCUUAAAAGCCGUUAUCAGACUGGGGAAACACUGGAGUAUGCGUGUAAAACAGGAUACACUUACAUGUGGCCUUAUUACCUCUUAACUACUUGUGAGCCAAAUGGCUCAUGGAGCUUUCUUGAAGAAGCUUGUUUAAAAAAAGCAUGUCCAGAGCCAGAAAUCGAAAAUAGUGAAAUAUUUGCCCCAAAUGACAGCUUGUCGUUUGGAAAUGCAAUUCUGAUAUCUUGUAAUGUGGGUUAUUACUUAAAUGGAAAAAAAACCCUAACUUGUAACCUUAUUGGAGGAGAAGUUUAUUGGGAUGAGAAGUACCCAGUAUGUGAAAGAGUUUUAUGCGGACGACCUCCAAAAAUAGAAAAUGGAAAACACACCAAUAGCUACAGAAAUAUAUUUGAAUAUAGUGAAUUAGUGACUUACAGUUGUGAUCCGUUAAAUGGACCAGAUCAAUAUUCACUUGUUGGAGAGAGCAAGCUUAUUUGUUCUGCACAUGGCAAUUGGAGCAGUGAUGCUCCUAAAUGUAAAGUGGUCAAAUGUAAACCUCCAGUACUCGAACAUGGAAAAGCAAUAUCAGAAAUUAGAGAAGUUUUUACCUACAAAGACGUGGUGAUACUUGAAUGCCUCCAGGGUUUUUACCUUAAUGGCAGCCAUGCAGUCUUCUGUGGUGGUGAAAAUACUUGGGAACCUGAGAUGCCGAAGUGUAUUAAAGGUUACAAGCCUACCUAUCCAAAGAAGCCUCCAGUUUCAAACUAUCCAGGAUAUCCCAAUCCCAAAGAAUUACCGUCACUUGAAGACUUUGAGGAAUUAGAUGUAGGAAGCUUUGCUGUGUUUAUCCUAACAGUAAUUGUUGCCAUUUUACUAGUUUUGACCUGCCUGUACAGAUGUCUUCAAAGAAGGAAGCAGCAGGAGAAGGAGAAGAAAGACGAGGAGGAGAAAGAGAAGAAAGAGAAGGAAGAGAAGGAGAAGAAAGAGAAGGAGGAGAAGGAGAAGAAAGAGAAGGAGGAGAAGGAGAAGAAAGAGAAAGAGCAGAAACGGUCAACUACAGUGCAUUUUCUCUUAGUCUAACCUUUUUACUCCAGACAUACUUUUGUGCAGUUAUUAUUUGUAGUCCAUGUUGCAUGCUGUGUUUUCUUUUUUUAUGUUCGUGCAUGAGGGUGCUGUCUGAAAUGCAUUUCAUUACUGAAAAUAUUUUUAGCUACUUUUCAUAUCAUUGCAACAGGAGAAAUUUAUGCAG